AUGAGUUAUCUAUAUUUUGGUACAUUGCCUUCUUCAGUACCUCCUGUUUUUGACACAACUCCUUGUUUAAAGUAGAUGCAUGAUUAUGAAGACUGUGCUUUCGAAUCAAACACUAAACAAAUGGAAAUCAUUCAUCCCAGCUGGCCUUCAAUGUGGCCAAGAAUGUUAACUGAUGGAAAGUCAAUUGACUUUGGCCAUACACCCAUGCAUCAAGAUAGUUCUACUCAUUACACAUAUAUGCGCCCAUUAACUAAAAAGAUCAAGCAUUAUUUAUGGGAAUGUGAAGAGGAAAGGUUUGUCUACAAGGCAUGUCUGAGAAAAUUAAUAAGCCUUAAAAGAACUGACAAACACACAAGUUGGGAUACAGCAUCAGUUAGUAACUUAAGUUUAGUCUGAUUAAUAUAAUAAAUAUAGCAAUAAUAAGAUUAUUAAAACGAUUAGCAA